GCGCACGCGCACUACGCCCUCAUGCCUUGCGCGAGGCGGCGGCUGUGCACCGCCAUCUUGGCCGGUGGCGGUAAGAACACGCUGUGUGCUAAGACCUGACGGCCAGCGCUGCUUGGCUACUGCACGCCCCACUGUAAGGGGACCGUUGUCUCCAGAAGAGCUGGAUAUUCUUUGUUACAAUUAUGGCAGACAAAUUAACAAGAAUUGCUAUUGUCAACCACGACAAAUGCAAACCUAAGAAAUGUCGGCAGGAGUGCAAAAAGAGUUGUCCUGUGGUUCGGAUGGGAAAAUUAUGCAUAGAGGUUACACCCCAGAGCAAAAUAGCAUGGAUUUCUGAAACUCUUUGUAUUGGUUGUGGUAUUUGUAUUAAGAAAUGUCCCUUUGGCGCCUUAUCAAUUGUCAAUUUGCCAAGCAACUUGGAAAAAGAAACAACACAUCGCUAUUGUGCCAAUGCCUUCAAGCUUCACAGGUUGCCUAUCCCACGUCCAGGUGAAGUUUUGGGAUUAGUUGGAACUAAUGGUAUUGGAAAGUCAACUGCACUAAAAAUUUUAGCGGGAAAGCAAAAGCCAAAUCUUGGAAAGUAUGAUGAUCCUCCUGAUUGGCAAGAGAUUUUGACUUAUUUCCGUGGGUCUGAAUUACAAAAUUACUUUACCAAGAUUCUCGAAGAUGACCUGAAAGCCAUUAUCAAACCUCAGUAUGUAGACCAAAUUCCCAAGGCUGCAAAGGGGACAGUGGGCUCUAUUCUGGACCGAAAAGAUGAAACAAAGACACAGGCAAUUGUAUGUCAGCAGCUUGAUUUAACUCACCUUAAAGAACGAAAUGUCGAAGAUCUUUCAGGAGGAGAGUUGCAGAGAUUUGCUUGUGCUGUCGUGUGCAUACAAAAAGCUGAUAUUUUUAUGUUUGAUGAACCUUCUAGUUACCUCGAUGUCAAGCAACGUUUAAAGGCUGCCAUUACUAUUCGAUCUCUAAUAAAUCCAGAUAGAUAUAUCAUUGUGGUGGAGCAUGACCUCAGUGUACUGGACUAUCUCUCUGACUUCAUCUGCUGCCUGUACGGUGUGCCAAGUGCUUAUGGUGUUGUCACUAUGCCUUUUAGUGUAAGAGAAGGCAUAAAUAUAUUUUUGGAUGGCUAUGUUCCAACAGAGAACUUGAGGUUCAGGGAUGCAUCACUUGUUUUUAAGGUAGCUGAGACAGCAAAUGAAGAAGAAGUUAAAAAGAUGUGCAUGUAUAAAUAUCCCGGGAUGAAGAAAAAGAUGGGCGAGUUUGAGCUCGCAAUUGUAGCAGGAGAAUUCACUGACUCUGAGAUCAUGGUGAUGCUGGGGGAGAAUGGUACAGGUAAAACUACAUUUAUCAGAAUGCUUGCUGGAAGGCUUAAGCCAGAUGAAGGAGGAGAAGUACCAGUUCUAAAUGUCAGUUAUAAGCCACAGAAAAUCAGUCCCAAAUCAACGGGAAGUGUUCGCCAGUUACUGCAUGAAAAGAUCAGAGAUGCUUAUACUCAUCCGCAGUUUGUGACUGAUGUAAUGAAGCCCCUACAGAUCGAAAACAUCAUCGACCAAGAGGUACAGACAUUGUCUGGUGGUGAACUUCAGCGAGUAGCUUUAGCUCUUUGUUUGGGCAAACCUGCUGACGUCUAUUUAAUUGAUGAACCAUCUGCAUAUUUGGAUUCUGAGCAAAGAUUGAUGGCAGCUCGGGUCGUCAAACGUUUCAUUCUCCAUGCAAAGAAGACAGCUUUUGUUGUAGAACAUGACUUCAUCAUGGCCACCUACCUAGCAGAUCGUGUUAUCGUUUUUGAUGGUGUUCCAUCUAAGAAUACAGUUGCAAACAGUCCUCAGACUCUUUUGGCUGGCAUGAAUAAAUUUUUGUCUCAGCUUGAAAUUACAUUCAGAAGAGACCCCAACAACUACAGACCACGAAUAAACAAGCUCAAUUCAAUCAAGGAUGUAGAACAAAAGAAGAGUGGAAACUACUUUUUCUUGGAUGAUUAGAUUGAAUCUGAACUUAACAAUAAGCCAUUUACUUACUGGGAUUUUUAUCAUAUAAAACUUUAAUCAGGUUUUAUGGCCCCACAUACUCUGGAGCUUUGAAGUAUGAUUUUCUUAAUGUGACAUCAAAAGCCAGUUGUCUUGUAAAUUGUUUGAGAACUAUUCCGUUCUUAAGAUUAAACCUCCGUGCAUACUACACUAACAUGGAGACAUUUCAGAUAUAUCAAUUACCUCCAGAUUUUCAGUUGUGUAUUCUAUUCAUGUACCAGAUGCUUCCUGGUGUUGCCCAUCUUUAAAAUCUUGGAUAAAUCUGUACCUGUUUGCUAAGUGUACCAGGAUAACGGACCUGCCCUCUUCUAAAGCCAGUCGCAGACUUCCUGACGAGGUCUGACACAUAAGCACCAGGGCUAUAUUUGCUACUUGUUCAGUCUGUGCACAGUUAUUUCUAUCAGUAUGUGCUUCCAAGGAAGUGUCUGCUGCAAACACCAUUGUUGGAAGAUGUUUAUGACCAACUUAUGCAUUCUUAAUGGGUUUUUGGUGCUUUUGAACAUCCGUCAAAACUUAUUUCAGUACCCUAAUUUAACUCUGGUUUUUUUUAGUUCUUACAUUCUAUAACAUUCACAGUAAUGUUACUUUUAUAAAUAUAUAUAUAAUCACUGAUCAAGAUUAGGGAGGAGGCAUUUCUGAAGAAUACAUGCUUCCUGUAAAAGUAUAGGCUUGGGCUGGGAAGAUGGUUCACUCAGUAAAGUGUAAGCUGCACACUUAUGAGAACCACACUUGAGACUUAUAGAAAUCUCUACCAGUGCUGGGAAGUGACAUCAAGCACUCCCUACAGCUCACUGGCCUGCCAGCCUAACAGUCUAUGAGCGCCAUGUUCAGUAGAUAGUAUCAAACCUCUGUCUGGCACCAACACACUGCUGUGCGCGCGCGCACACACACACACACACACACACACACACACACAACCCUACAGAUACAGUCUUUAUAGUUGGUGCCUAAGUAUCUGAAUUUUAGGAUUCAGUUUUAGUUUUGUUUUGAGAGAGCCCGAGCUGGCCUCAAAUAAGGUAUCCAACCUUGAAUUUCUCAGCCCACUACCUAGCUUGGAUUACAGUGUUGAGGAUCAAACCCAGGGCUUCAUGUGUGUUAGGCAAGCACUCUAACAACUGAGCUACACCCCCAGCCCUACAUAAUUACAGACUACAGACUCUUCUGUUGAGCAACCAAGGACAACCUUAAACAACUUCUCCAGUGAGUGCAGGCCAAAUAGCAAUACAAAGUAUCUAUUGCUGUAGUGCACACUCAUUUGUAGAUUUGGAUACAAAGGGCAUUAUCCACAUCUUACUAAUGCCAAACUGGAAUAGGGCAAGCAGAACAGGGAAAUUAGAAAUUAUUUGACAAGACUUUAGAACAUUAAAUAAUCGAUCUUGAUUAAUUUGCAAAUGAUAGAAAGUUUGUUUUGACUGAAACCCAUUAGGCCUAAAAAUGAAUUUAUAUAAUCCAUAAAUACAUGUCUGUUGUAAAACAAUGCAAACAUGCAGAAAUACAUGGAAUAAAAUCUCUCCCUUCAUCAGUU